GUCUUACAGGCUCGCGAGCUGGCUUUGCGGGAUCGAUCAACAACAGACGGUGUGGCAAAGAUCGUUGCUGUUCCUGAGCGGCGUCAUGUCGAAGAAGUCCGUCUUCGCCCUUGUCCAGCUCUGCUGCCGCACGGCGGCGCUCAGGCCGUCGUUGCUGCAACCGCAACCGCCAGUACAUCUUGCAGCUGCUCGCAGCGGUUUCCCCGGCUCGGCAUCAACAGCAACAACGUCGCCACGAGGGCAUGGUGGCCCACAAACCAGAUCAAUCGCUACGGGCUUUGUCUUGCCGCUGAACGCUCACCUUGGCGGGGGUGAUGGCCGUGCCAUGUCCGCGGCCAGAUGCCGGAGACAAGCAGCUGGGCGGGCGGCCGGCACGACAACGACGACGGCCGCAGCGGUCCUGGCAGCAACGCUGCUGCUAUCGUCGCCGUCAGGCGCGGUAGCCGGCGGCGGAGCGGCGCCAUUUGGGGGAUGGGCGGCGGGGCGGCGCAGGGGGGCGCACACGGCGACGACGCCGUCGAUGACGGCUUCCGCGGUGGAAGAGGGGGUGACGGCGGUUGGGGGGGGCACACCCGUUCAGGACGGUGCCGCUUCGAAGCCACCGGUUGUUUUCGUCCUGGGUGGACCUGGGUCUGGCAAAGGGACACAGUGCGAGCGACUCGCGAAGGAGUAUGGGUACGUGCACCUCUCGGCGGGGGAGUUGUUGCGCCAGGAGCGCGCCAGCGGCUCGAGCGACGGGCAGCUGAUCGACGACUACAUCGCCGAGGGACGCAUCGUGCCCGUCGCCAUCUCCCUUUCUCUGCUAAGGAAGGCAAUGGAGACGAGCGAGCCUCACUCGAGGUUCCUCAUCGACGGCUUCCCGCGGAACAGGGACAACAUCGAGGCAAGCAAGCCAACUACACACCUUGGGUGGGAUAAAGCCAUGGGAGAUGUAGCGGACAUUCGAUCCGUGUUGUUCUUGUACUGUCCGGAAGACGUGCUCGAGAAGCGCUUGCUGUCUAGGGGCAAGAGCAGCGGAAGGACGGACGACAAUGCCGAAACGGCAAAGCGGCGGUUUCAGACAUACGUGGAAAUGACUUUGCCGGUGGUCGAGGAAUUCGAGCGGAAGGGGAUCGUCGCCCGCGUUGACGGUAACCAAGACAUCGAGUCUGUGUUCCGCGACGUCGUUCUCGGGCUAAAGUCAGUGCACGAGAAGGAGGUGUUAGACGCGAACCGCUUGGCUGUGGAGGCCGUCUGCACAGGGGACUGGGCGGCGUACGCGCAGUGCUGCUGCUCCUGCGACUACUCGGCUCUAAUUCCUAUAUCCCUACUCCCGCGCUCAUGUUCUCCCCUCGUGAAGCUGUGCUCACCGGGUAUGACCGAAGUGCUAGGGGGGGGACUGGCGGCCGUUUCCCCGGACGAAACCGCCUCCGCCGCCACGUCGCCGACGGCGAUGUCGAGGCCACAAGUGCGCAUGCUCAAGGGUGGGGCGGCGGCCGUUGUCUCGUGCGAGCGGCCGCGGGGGCCAGGCCUGACGGGCGGCGACAACGGCACUGCGGUCCGUGAGACGAGGGUGUGGGAGAUGCUGGACGGUCGAUGGAAGUGCGUCCAGUGUCACACCUCGCUCUGAUUGGGCGGGGGGGGGAGGAGUCGCCAUCGCUGCCCGAGGGGUGACGAUCUUCGAGUGUUGGGAACGGUUCCUGGGAACGGUUCGUGUGUUCGUGGGGGUUCUGGGGGGGAAGCUUUUUUUUUUCUCUACGCGGGGCGAAUCGCCUAUAGACCGGCGCAACGUUUGAGAGUUUAACCUAAUGUCAUAGAGCUGAAUAUUGUCUGCCGCGAGAUCGAAUUUCUCGCCAUUUCUUUUGGAGGUUUGCCACCCAAAGAGCGUUCGCUUCCAAGAUGUGCUUCUACGGCGCUGAGUUCGUCUCGUGUGGCAUAGUCCGCGAUGGCGAUUUCCGUGUAAAAUGGUCGCACCGAGGCGGGGGGAGAGAAGGCAACAGCGUAUCGCCCUGUCCUUACACGCCAUGAGCUGGGGCCAUGUGACUGGGCACAAACUGUGGCCUGCCGUGAAACUCGCUAGCUGAACUUUAAUUUUCGACCUCUGAAGUUGACG